CACAAAUCAAUUUGACUUCCUUAUCUUAUUCUCUGGUCGGCAUACGUGUCAUCCGCCAUUGUUGACUGAUUCGAAACAACAAAAAUAUUUUCCCUCAAAAUGAUUGGAGGAUCCUACAAGCCACACUGGUCAAAACUCUCAAGCUUCAGAAGCCUCUCGUUCAAGUAAUCAAUGACGUUCAGAUUCAGAUGGAUUCUACACCUGCUUUGCAUUUCCAUCGUCUUUCCCACCAGUCCUUGCGGCGGAUCCGACAUCAUAUUAGAGGGACAAUCGCUCUUAUCAGAUCAGACACUCAACUCCAUAGGAAAUAAGUUUAGUUUGGGAUUCUUCUCCCCCGACAAUUCCACCAGCAGAUACGUAGGAAUAUGGUACCGAAACAUACCGAUUCGCACAGUUGUCUGGGUCGCGAAUAGGAACAAUCCCAUUCCCAGCGCGCUUGCUAACAAUUCGCGAUUGGAUUUGGUUGGAGGCCGUCUAAACCUUUUCGAUGGCUCGUCCCAAGUUGUCUGGGCACUCAAAACUUCAAAUGCAAGUGAGGCUGUGCUUUUAGAUUCAGGGAAUUUUGUUUUGAGAAACGCUUCAGGACUGAUAUGGCAGAGCUUCGAUAACCCGACGGACACUUGGCUGCCUGGUGGGAGAGUGGGAUACAGUAAGAUCAGUGAUGAAGAAGCCCGACUUGUUUCCUGGCAGAAUCCGUCCGACCCCUCGCCGGGCCUUUACUCUCUAGGAAUGGAUCGAAACUCCGGCGGCGGCGCUGAAAUCUUUAUGCUGAAGAACCGGUCGCAGGUAUGGCGGAGUGGCGUUUUGCAAGACGGGCAGUUUCCUUCUGUUCCCCUCCCAGGCCCAUACAAUUUUACCUUUGUCUCGACGGAUAAUUCGGCGUUUUUUAUGUAUAAUCUUCUGAAUGAUUCGAUCAUUUCUAGAUUACAAUUAAUUACUGAAGGACUGUUCAGGCUUCUGGUAUGGAGUUCUUCUUCUAAUUCUUGGAUACUAUUCGUUAACUCACCUCGAGACUUUUGCGAGCAGUAUAACAGAUGCGGGGCGAAUGCAUUUUGUGAUAUAAACCGUACUCCAGUGUGUCAAUGUUUGCCUGGAUUUGUGCCAAGAAACAAUCAAGAAUGGGUGUCAAUGGACAAUUCCAAUGGUUGCGUUCGAAAAGUUGAAUUGCCAUGUACUGAGAGUGAUGCAGGGUAUGAGAAAGUAACGGGUUUAAGGUUGCCUGCAAAUCCUUCAUUCUUGGCAGUCGGGAUGUCCAACAUUUGCCGGUUUGCGUGUUCGGUGAAUUGUUCUUGCAAUGCCUAUGCUUACAGCAGCAAGGGAGGCUGUUUAUUGUAUGCAUCAGAUAUGUUGGAUUUGCAGCGGCCGGCGAAAUUUGGCUCUGCAGUUAAUGAUCUAUUUGUCAAAAUGAACGUUACCAACUUAUAUUCGACUGUUAAGGGAAAGAAGAAUGUACGUCCUCUUGCUAUAGCCCUCCCCAUUGCUGCUGCAUUGAUGCUUUUAUGUUCUUGCUCAUUUUAUUUGUGGAGGAAGAAAAGAAGCAAAGGCCUCAAGCUUGAGAGUUCUCAUCAGAAUCUAUUACUGCUUGAGUUGAGUGCAAAUAGCUCAUCAGAUAAACCGCGUGCUUCUGCCAGAAAUGGCCGUCGAGAAGUGGAAAGUAGUGCAUAUGAGUUGCCUAUUUUCAGUUUUUCGAGCAUAGUUUCCGCGACAAAAAAUUUUUCUGUCUCCAACAAGCUGGGAGAAGGUGGUUUUGGACCUGUUUACAAGGGAGAAUUGCUCAACCAACAAUUUGUAGCAGUGAAAAGGCUUUCAAGAAGAUCCGGGCAAGGACUGGAGGAGUUCAGGAACGAGACCGAGCUGUUUGCGAAGCUGCAGCAUAGGAAUCUUGUUGGGAUCUUAGGAUGCUGUGUUGAACAAGAUGAGAAAAUUUUAGUAUACGAAUAUAUGCCCAACAAAAGCCUGGACUUCUUCCUAUUCGGGGAAAACGAUGAAUUAUUGGAUUGGGGAACUCGUGUUCGGAUCAUCCAAGGCAUUGCUCAGGGGCUGCUAUAUUUACACCAGUAUUCUCGAUUUAGGAUAGUUCACAGAGACCUUAAAGCCAGCAACAUUCUGCUCGAUGGCGACAUGAAUCCUAAGAUAUCUGAUUUUGGGAUGGCGAGGAUUUUUGGUGGGGAUAAAUUGCAAGCGAAUACUAAUCGAAUUGUCGGUACAUAUGGUUAUAUGUCUCCCGAAUACGCGAUGGAGGGACUUUUCUCCAUCAAGUCGGAUGUGUUCGCCUUUGGAGUUUUGCUGCUCGAGAUCGUGAGUGGAAGGAAGAACACCGGGUUUUAUGGUUCGGACUGCCUUAAUCUUCUUGGACAUGUGUGGAAUCUGUGGAUAAACGACAGAGUGAUGGAGCUUGUUGAUCCAAGAAUGGAAAUUCCAUCGUCGUCUCCCGUGAGAUACAUUCAUGUAGGUCUACUGUGUGUUCAAGAAAGUCCUUUGCAUAGGCCAACAAUGGUGGAUGUCGUCGCCAUGCUGAACGGUGACCCGGCUUCAUUUGCGACGCCGCGGCACCCGGCGUUCACCGUCGGACGAAGUCAAGUUAGCUCGAGCUCAGGACAAGAAAACAUGUCUGUAAAUGGUUUGACAGUGUCUUUCAUGGAAGCCCGGUGAGACAAAACAUGUUAUUUUAGAUGCUCGUUUCUUUCUAUUGCAAAAAUUGAGAAAAAACACAGAAAAAAAAAACGAGCAAGACACAAAAAAAAAGCCUUUUCUUGAUCCAUCUCGAUAAUGGAGGAAGAUCAAAUCCAAAGGAAAAGUAUUUGUUAAGAAAAUAAAUUUAAUUAGUUCAAAA